CCGCUCGCGCCUGGAGCCGCGGAAGCGCUCCUGCAUCGAGCUGCACCCCGCAGGAGCGCGAGGCCGCCGCGGGUCUUCGCCGCGAGCAGCGCUGGUCUCCCCGCCCCUUGCUCCGGCAGAUAAUGCUCAGAGACGCUGCGGCGCGCACCUUAGCAAGCUAACUAGGCAGCUCGCUUGCCGCCCCAACUCCAGGGGCUAACUUUUGGAGAGCUUUGCCUGCCACUGCUUGGUCUGAAAGUAGCCACGGAGCAGAAACUCGUCCCCCUGCAGUCAGCGCCCUCUGCACCCAAGGAAGCGCGUCGCCCGGGUUCUUCCCGAACCCGGGCUCCGGGAUUGCAGUGGUGUGUGGCGGCUGCGCGAGGCCGGCCGUCUUGUGCCCAGCGCUCAGAGCGAACUUCACACUGGAGAGCCAAGAGGCGUGGAAGAGCCUGUCUUGGAGACUAUCGUGGGGAAAUCCUGAGGUCAUUCAUUAUGAAGUGUGCCGCCCCGGAGUGGCUCAGAGUAACCGCAGUGCUCCUUGUGGCUAGAGCAAUCCCAGCCAUGGUGGUUCCUAAUGCCACUUCGCUGGAAAAACUUUUGGAGAAGUACGUGGACGAGGAUGGUGAGUGGUGGACGGCCAAGCAAAGAGGAAAAAGGGCCAUCACUGACAAUGACAUGCAGAGUAUCCUGGACCUUCAUAAUAAAUUACGAAGUCAGGUGUAUCCAACAGCUUCUAAUAUGGAGUACAUGACAUGGGAUGUAGAACUGGAAAGAUCUGCAGAAUCCUGGGCUGAAGCUUGUUUGUGGGAACAUGGACCUGCAAGCCUGCUUCCAUCAAUUGGACAGAAUUUGGGAGCACACUGGGGAAGAUACAGGCCCCCAACGUUUCAUGUGCAAGCAUGGUAUGAUGAAGUGAGAGACUUUACCUACCCAUACGAGCAUGAAUGUAACCCGUAUUGUCCAUUCAGAUGUUCUGGUCCUGUCUGUACUCAUUAUACACAGGUGGUGUGGGCAACAAGUAGCAGAAUAGGUUGCGCCAUUAAUUUAUGCCACAACAUGAACAUCUGGGGACAGAUAUGGCCCAAAGCUAUCUACUUGGUAUGCAAUUACUCCCCAAAGGGAAACUGGUGGGGCCAUGCCCCUUACAAACAUGGACGACCCUGCUCUGCUUGCCCACCAAGUUUUGGAGGGGGCUGUAGAGAAAAUCUGUGCUACAAAGAAGGUUCAGACCAGUAUUACCCUCCCCAAGAAGAAGAAACAAAUGAAAUUGAAAGGCAGCAGGCACAGGUCCAGGAUACCCAUGUUCGGACAAGAACCGAUGAAAGUAACAGAAACGAAGUCAUAAGCACGCAGCAAAUGUCCCAAAUUGUUUCUUGUGAAGUAAGAUUAAGAGAUCAGUGCAAAGGAACAACUUGCAAUAGAUAUGAAUGUCCUGCUGGCUGUUUGGAUAGUAGAGCUAAAGUUAUUGGCAGUGUACAUUAUGAAAUGCAAUCCAGCAUCUGUAGAGCUGCAAUUCAUUAUGGUAUAAUAGACAAUGAUGGUGGUUGGGUAGAUAUUACUAGACAAGGAAGGAAACAUUAUUUCAUCAAAUCCAAUAGAAAUGGUAUUCAGUCGAUUGGCAAAUAUCAGUCGGCUAAUUCCUUCACAGUCUCUAAAGUAACAGUUCAGGCUGUCACGUGUGAAACAACUGUGGAACAGCUCUGUCCAUUUCAUAAGCCUGCUUCACAUUGCCCAAGAGUAUACUGUCCUCGUAACUGUAUGCAGGCAAAUCCACAUUAUGCUCGUGUAAUUGGAACCCGAGUUUAUUCUGAUCUGUCCAGUAUCUGCAGAGCAGCAGUACAUGCUGGGGUGGUUCGAAAUCACGGUGGUUACGUGGACGUUAUGCCUGUGGACAAAAGAAAGACAUACACUGCUUCUUUUCAGAAUGGAAUCUCCUCAGAAAGUUUACAGAAUCCUCCAGGAGGAAAGGCAUUCAGAGUAUUUGCCGUAGUGUGAAGUAAAACACUUGGAAGAGGCUAGUAAAGACUAUUCCAAUUGCCAUAUUUCUGAAGUUUGUAUAAAACUGUAACAUUACUGUACAGAAGAAAUCAACUAUUUUCAGCCCAAAAAAGUGCCAAAUGCAUAUAAAUCUUGAGGAAAAAAAAAGUCUGUAAAAUAGAACAUGGGACAUUACCUUCGAAGAAAGUAUUGACUAUGUAAUGGUUUUAGAAAUCCUGUGUUAAAUAUUGCUAUAUUUUCUUAGCAGUUAUUUCUACAGUUAAUUACAUAAUCGUGAUUGUUCUACAUUUCAUAUAGUAUAUGGUGCUUUGUAUAUGCCACUAAUAAAAUGAAUCUAAACGUUGAAUGUGAAUGGCCCUUGGAAAAUCAUCUAAUGUGUUUAAAAAUAAUCAACUCCCAAACUGAAAGAAACCAUAGUAUCCCAUUUUCCCCAGUCCAAUACUAUAUUACCUAUUCCAAAUAAUCUCAAAUUAUUUUCAAGUUAGUUUCUGUACAGUUUUUCUUUUCUCUUAAGUUUAGGCAUAUAGAAUAUUAAAUCCUGAUAUUGCACUUAUUUUGUGUACACUAAUCCCUUAAUAUCCAAAUGAACCUGUUAAAAUAGUCGAUUCCUUGGGGAUGGCCUUAAGAGUGAAAGGAAUAAAGUCAGAGUAGUGGUGUAAAAACAUUCUUAGUGAUCAUAUAGUGAAUAUAGAGAUAAUGCGGGCAGCCCGAGCUUUCUACGUAUUGUUAAAAUUGAGGUCACACAUUUUCUUUUGUAUCCUGGCUAAUACUCCUGCAGGCCAGGAAGUAUAAUAGCAGAAAGUUUAACAAAGAUGAACUAAUGUAUUGCAUCACCAUUGCCACUGAUUUUCUUAAUGGUAAAUGGACUUUUGUAUUAAUGUUAUCAUAUUAUGGUACAUAUAAUGGUGUUAUAUUUGUUUCCAUGAAAAAUGUAUUGUGCUUUGAGACCAAACAAAAUAUGUAAAUCAUUACUUUGGGUAAUUUUUUCUGCUGAUGAAUUUACUCUUUUCUCUUCCUAU